AUGCCUGAAGAGCUUGGGCAAAUAGUAGGAUUGGAACGCCAACAACUUAUAACAAAGUUAGGAUGUACUGUUCAGAAGCAUGCACCUCUUCAAGUGACAAAAUGGUCAAAGAUUGACAAAGACGAUUGGGAGAGUUUACUCCAAAUGGCCAAGAAAAUGAGUGCUCAAAAUGCAAGGAAUCAGGCAAUGCAAAACACACCUCAUUUAACUACGACAAACUCUUUUACUCGGAAUGGUGUUGAAAUGGAGCAAAUGGUGGAGCUACAGUCACAACCCAUAGGACAGAAUGAAGCACCAAUUUGUGAGGAGGAAAUUUACUCAUAG